AUGUCGGAAAACGGCUACUCCUCGCCUUAUUAUGCAUGGGAGCGUCUGGACGACCUCAAUUCCGCGUCUUCCAAAUUCGACGGGGGACUUAAUCUUCAGAUGGAUCGUGAAGACAUCAAGGGGCUCAACUUGCCACAGAUGUCAUUGAAUCUCAGCAAUAUCGACAUGGGGUCUUCCGAGAGCCCUCCAACAAUUACUUACAAUCCUACCGUUCGCCUUCGGGAUCUCGACUUCACAAAAGAGGGCGAUGGGUUCCAUGAGAUAAAGCCAGACCAGGAGCAACCAGGCCAGGACCAGGCAGCUCAGGAACAGUCGGCUCAGGAACAAUCGGCUCAAGAACAAUCGGCUCAGGAACAAUCGGCUCAGGAGAACACAAUUCAGAAUAGAACACAUAUGGAGACAUCGGACCAGAUGGAAUCAGAGUUCUCUGAUUCAGAUGACGCCGAAUCAGAUGACUCGGGGUUGGACGAUGGCUAUGAUCACAGAAACGGAUUGAAUGCCGGUCUUAAGGAGAAGCCUCUGUCAAAGGAUUCUCAUCAAGACCCACAAGUCCCCGAGAACAAAGACGCCAGCUCCUCGGUUUGGAGGUAUGACGGAUCUAAGCCAGCAGGGUUCGAAAAUAAUGUCGGCUUAUUUAUAUCGCCAUUCUCAGGCGAUGUGCCUCAUCAAUCUUCGACCGGAGUGUAA